CUCUGCUUUGCUUGCACAGACGCUUCCAGAGUGGAGGAAAGAAUGGCUGUUGAAAAUCCACAAGGCUCCUGCAAGACUGUGAAUCAAGGUUGAGACCAAGAAAUUAUUUCUGAAAAAGGAUAUUUAUGGAGUAGAAUCAUCCUGAUGAGAGAUAAUGGAAAGACUUUUAAAAAACAGCAUUGAGUGUUCAAGUUUCAGAGGUGAUUGGGAAUGUAAAAGCCAGUUUGAGAGAAAACAGGAAUCUCAGGAAGGACAUUUCAGUCAAAUGAUAUUUACUUCUGAAGACAUGCCCACUUUCAAUAACCAGCAUCAGAGAAUACAUACUGAUGAGAAACUCCUUGAAUGUAAGGAAUGUGGGAAGGAUUUUAGUUUUGUAUCAGUCCUUAUUCGACAUCAGCGAAUUCAUACUGGUGAGAAACCUUAUGAAUGUAAAGAAUGUGGCAAGGCCUUUGGUAGUGGUGCAAACCUUGCUUACCAUCAAAGAAUUCAUACUGGUGAGAAACCUUAUGAAUGUAGUGAAUGUGGAAAGGCCUUUGGUAGUGGCUCAAACCUUACCCAUCAUCAGAGAAUUCAUACUGGUGAGAAACCAUAUGAAUGUAAAGAAUGCGGGAAAGCCUUUAGUUUUGGAUCAGGCCUAAUUCGACAUCAGAUAAUUCACAGUGGUGAAAAGCCCUAUGAGUGUAAGGAAUGUGGGAAGUCCUUUAGUUUUGAAUCAGCCCUUACUCGGCAUCACAGAAUUCACACAGGUGAGAAACCUUAUGAAUGUAAGGAUUGUGGAAAGGCCUUUGGCAGUGGUUCAAACCUUACUCAACAUCGAAGGAUUCAUACUGGUGAGAAACCUUAUGAAUGUAAAGCAUGUGGAAUGGCCUUUAGUAGUGGUUCAGCCCUUACUCGGCAUCAGAGAAUUCAUACUGGUGAAAAACCGUAUAUAUGUAAUGAAUGUGGGAAGGCUUUUAGUUUUGGAUCAGCCCUUACUCGACAUCAAAGAAUUCACACUGGUGAGAAGCCUUAUGUAUGUAAGGAAUGUGGGAAGGCUUUUAAUAGUGGCUCAGAUCUCACUCAACAUCAAAGAAUUCACACUGGUGAGAAACCCUAUGAGUGUAAGGAAUGUGAGAAGGCCUUUAGAAGUGGUUCAAAACUUAUUCAGCAUCAAAGAAUGCACACUGGUGAGAAGCCCUAUGAGUGUAAGGAAUGUGGGAAAGCCUUUAGUAGUGGUUCAGACCUUACUCAACAUCAGAGAAUUCAUACUGGUGAGAAACCUUAUGAAUGUAAAGAAUGUGGCAAGGCCUUUGGUAGUGGCUCAAAACUUAUCCAACACCAGCUAAUUCACACUGGUGAAAAACCCUAUGAAUGUAAAGAAUGUGGAAAGUCCUUCAGCAGUGGUUCAGCUCUUAAUCGGCACCAGAGAAUACACACUGGUGAAAAACCUUAUGAAUGUAAGAAAUGUGGGAAGAAUUUUGGUACUGGCUCAAGCCUUACUCAACAUCAGAAAAUUCAUACUGGUGAGAAACUUUAUGAAUGUAAGGAAUGUGGAAAGGCUUUUGGGAGAGGUUCAGAGAUUCAGCAACAUAAAAAAUGUCAUACUGGUGAGUAGUAGAUCUGUGAAUUGGAAACUCUGUAAGUUAGAAUUAUGUGGUUAAGGAAGGACACAGGACAGAAAAGAAAAUUCAUACUGGUGAGAGUCACUACAAAUGUAAUUAAGGUACAAAUGCCUUACUUAUGCUUUACCACUUAGUCUGAAAGAAUUUAUACAGGAAAAGAAAAACCACUCUGAAGAUCUCUGUCUAUAUUCAUUCUUUCAUUACUUUUGGAAAAUUCAUACUUGUGAAUAUUAAAAAUUAAAAAACCAUUUAUUGUAUUUUGCCUUUAUUUUAAACAUUGAAAAAUUCACUUGGGGGCUAAUCCUGCUACCUUUGUUUUUUUUUAUGUUCUUAAUUUUUUGUGCAUUAUACAGAAUUACUAAUCCAUCUCAAAAUUAUUUUAAAUUAUUUAUUGAGGGUCUAAAUUUAGCCUUCUUCCUGUUUCUCAUUUGAAUGCCAUUUAUUUAAUAACUAUAUUUUUGUAUUUUUUAUUGCCUGUUUGAUGGUAAGUUAUAUUUUUAUACAUAUAAAGCAUGGAUAUCGGGUCAGUCUUUGUUUCUAAAUUUGCAUAUCUGUGUUUGUAUCUGUGUUCCAUUUUGUUCGUGUUAAGUUACUGUUACUUUUAAGUAUCCUUUAAUAUCUUGUGGAUCUGUAUCUUUUGUUUUGGAAGAUUGCUUUAUUUUCCUUUUAUAAAGUUUAUACUUCUCUUUUUGCAAAAUAAUUUUUCUCUAUAUUAAUGUAGAUAUGAACAAAAUAGAUAGUUAUCUGUAAUCAUACCAGUCAUAGACAAUCUUUGUCAAACUUUUGGAGCAAACUCUUUACAACUACAUAUCAUUGUUUUUGACAGAAAGUGUGAUUGUGCUAUACUAUAACCAGCCUUUAAUAUUCGUUGUAAAUAUAUUGGUUACUCUUUUAUUGGCUUCAAAGUAUUCACCUGUCUUUAUCAAACCCCUAUUUUGUCAAAUAUUGAAAAUUUUACCAUUAUAAAGAGUUAUCUUGAUGGUCCCUUU